AUGAACGCGGGCGCCAAGCGGGCGGCGGGCGCACUUCCGGGCGCCGCCUACCGCUUGCUCGCCACCGACGCGAGCGCGCAGUUUGCGGAGCUGCUGGCGGUGCUCGAGUUGAGCGGGCUGGUCGACGCGGGCGGCUCGCGCUGCGGCAUCUGCAACGGCGACGAGUGGCAGACGCUCCGGCCGGACGAGGUCGAGGCGGGGCAGGUGCCGCACGCAGUACUGCGCGUGCAGCCCGUCUUCUACCGCUGCGGAGCUUGCAUGCAAAUGUUUUGGCCGGGGGACAAAUACGAGAGCACCAUGGAUGGGCUGCGUGCGGAGGGCCGCGACGUGCCGCCGCGACGUGCGGGCACGGCUGGCGUCGCGUGGCGACCGCCCGUCCCGUCUGCCCCAGCCCGGCCACCGACGGAGGACCGCCGCCGACCUCCAAAGACGGGUACGCUGCACUCGACAAUGCGAAUGAAAUUUAGCUUGGACGAGUGA